GCUUUCUCACAGCAGGUAAUGGUACAGCGAACAGUGCUGCAGGUGUCCUCACAGACAAAAUCAGGGCAGCACAAAAACUCCUUUGGGGUGAAGAUCUGGGAAAAACAGACAUUAGUCCCUUACCAUGGGGGAUUGGAAUUUAUUGGGUGGCAUCCUAGAGGAAGCUCACUCCCACUCAACCAUGGUGGGGAAAAUCUGGCUGACCAUCCUUUUCGUUUUCCGGAUGCUGAUACUAGGUGUAGCUGCUGAAGAUGUCUGGGAUGAUGAACAGUCAGCAUUUGCCUGCAACACCCAGCAGCCAGGUUGCAACACUGUCUGUUACGAUGAUGCUUUCCCUAUCUCUUUGGUCAGGUUCUGGGUUUUACAGAUCAUCUUUGUGUCUUCUCCCUCUCUGGUAUAUAUGGGCCAUGCACUUUAUAGCCUCAGGGCCUUUGAAAAAGAGACGCAGAGGAAAAAGUCACAGCUUAGAGCCCAGAUGGAGAAUCCAGAGCUUGAAUUGGAGGAGCAGCAAAACAUAAAUAGAGAACUGAGGAAGUUGGAGGAGCAGAAGAAGAUCCAAAAAGUCCCUCUGAAAGGAUGUCUUCUGCGUACUUAUGUCUUACACAUCCUGACCAGAUCUGUGCUGGAAGUAGGGUUCAUGAUAGGCCAAUAUAUGCUCUAUGGGUUUCAAAUGCACCCCCUUUACAAAUGUACUCAACCUCCUUGCCCCAAUGCAGUGGAUUGCUUUGUGUCCAGGCCCACAGAGAAGACCAUUUUCAUGCUCUUUAUGCACAGCAUUGCAGCCAUCUCUUUGUUCCUCAACGUACUGGAAAUAUUUCAUCUGGGGGUCAGGAAAAUCAUGAGGGCACUUUAUGACAAAUCCGGCGGUGAGGGCAUUGAGGACGAAAGGGGACCUCCAUUUCAUUUGAAAAAAUAUUCAGCGGCCCAGCAGUGUAUGAAUUGCUCUCCCUUCCCUGAAGGAGUCUCUCUACUUCAAGCCAGCAAUCAACAGCAAGUCUUCCGAGUCAAUGUGCUGAAUUCUAAAACCACGUGGCAAAUCCCACAGCCCAGGCAACUUGAGGUAGACCCUUGCUGUAGUAAGAAAGACUGGGCUAAGGCGGAUCAGCACAGAGGACAGCUCCAUGUCCACAGCCCGUGUCCCUGGGAUGAUGGCGCUAGAAUUCAGCACUCGGCACAGCAACCAGACUGUUCUCCCUUUGGCUUGCAGACUACAACGCCCCAGUCCUGGCUAGGUACCACGGUGGCUCCUAGACAUUGUCCAUCACGUACAACAGGACCCUGGGAGCAGUCCCAGGACCUGCAACCUUCAGGGGAGCCUCUCACAGAUUUACACAGUCACUGCAGACACAGCGAUGGCAACAUGAGAGAGAGCAGAGUCCAGACAGACAGAUCUUGCAUGGGCAGUCGCAAGGCCAGCUUUCUGUCCAGAUUGCUCUCUGAAAAGGGACAGCUGUACAGUGACUCAGUAAGCUCCAGUUCUCAAAAUAGCUCUUGCCUGGACUUUCCGCACCGGGAAAACAGCCCCUCACUUCUGCCUUCAGCCACUGGGCACAGAACAUCAAUGAACAUGCUUCUAGAACUUUCAUCCAUUAUGAAAAAAUAAUGCAUCCUGGGACCAGAAAAAACAGACUCAGGAGCAGCUGGCAUCUGCGAGAUAAAAGUUGUAUGUUUGUCAGCUCAAACUGCAGGAGGAACUCUGAGAACCAUCCCCUCCAGAACCAUGAAUCAGGCAAUGUCUGUGUAUCGGGGGCUCCCAGCUGGGCUCCCUGACUGCUGGGCUCAGCCUCUCACUGCUCCGCUUGGCCAUGCUGCCUGAGGCCGAUCCAAUGCUCUCCACACACCAGGGAGGGCACUCUACCCCAUCAGAGAAAAUCUAGGGGCAAGAGCCGCCAUCCGAGGGGAGAAGUGGGAUGUGCUACCAUCCCUACCAGUAGCCAACUCUGCAGCAGCAGCAGUUUGGACCCUUGAACGUGGUUCCAGAGCAGGCUGGGAGCUCUGCCUGCAGCCUGGGCUCAACACGCUUCCUGUCUGUACACCAGAGGCUGGAGGGAAGCUUUCUGUUUUCUUCCUCUCAUCAGCUCAUUUCUUGGGGAUGAAGCAGCUGGAUGUUCGUCCCUAGAUGCCAUUACAUAAAAUAUUGGUUACAGCACUGGCAAACACUCGCAUCACAUGACUUUAUCCUUCUGCUGGGAUCGUGGUCAGUAGUGAUGCCAUGACUGUGGGCCAGCAGGUGCUGGGGAAUCUCAUUCCCAACUUCCAGGGGAGUGACUGAAGCCAGCACCUCUUCCUCACCCUCCCCACCCUCCCAGUGGUCCCGAGCCAUCCAGGAGAGGUGCAUCAAAAAAGCACUGAACACUUCUUAUAGAGCACAGAGGCAUGGAUGGCUGUGUGAUGUCCACUAACCAUCCAGUCGGUGAGGCUGGUUGGCUGGUCAUUACUGUCUGAGUUCUGAGAAUCAUGAAGGUGGACUCAAUUCCCAUGGAAGGAGCCACUUAGCCCUGUCCUCUGUCCCGUGGCCAGACUCUCCUAUCCCUGGCCACACACCUUGUAACAAAGGCUUCAAGUUAUUGGGAGAAUCAGUUUGUUCCAAAGACACAAAGGUCUGCAUUAUCUAUAUCCUGCUGAGAUAAAAUCCAUACUCCUUAGCCUGGCACAUAAAGCCUUCGUGGGCUGACUCCUGCCUCAUGUUCAUUCCCUACCUCCUGUGCCCUAGCCCGGCUGCACUAUGAGUAAAGCAGAUUGCCUUCCCAUUGUGGGUGACCAGCAGCCAAUCUUUUGAGGGCCUGCAUAGAAUAAAAAGGUGGAAGAAGAGUGAAUUUGCUUUCUCCAUUUGAGAAGUGGAGUCUAAUUUCCAGCGCCUUCAAUCUGGGCUGGCCUUAGUGACUUGCUUGACCAUAGGAUUCAAGGACAGUGAUGUUCUAGGACUUCUAAGAUCCUGCAGUUUCUAUCCAGGCUCCUUCUUGGAGAUCUCUCUCUCUCUCUUCUCAACCCCAAGUUGCCAUGUAAGCAUUCCAGCUUACAGUUCCAGUUGAGCCCAACCUUCCAGCCAUCCCUGCCAAGACACAAGACAUGUGAGUGAACCCAUCUUGAACCCUCCAGACCAGGCCAUCUAGUAACUCAAUACCACUGAAUGCCCUCAAUCAACAUCUCAUGGAAGAGAAGAAUUGCCAUCUGAGCCCUGCCCAAAUUCCUGAACUCCCCAACUGUGAAAUAUUAUUAAUGGUUGAUGUUUUUAAGUUACUGUGUUUUAAGGUAAUAAUUUGUUACAAAGUUUUAGAUUACUGGAACAGUAAUGGUAAUGACAGAACAAAAUAAUGCAGAGUUUUAUUAAAAUUGU